UCUACACCAUCUGCUUUUUUUUUUGUGCGCUUCCAAACCUUGUUGUUGCUGUCCCAUUGACCUUCCCCCCCAUUGACCCUUCCUUGCCUUCGCGCAUACCAUAGCUAGGUGGAUAGACAGCAGCGGCACCUCCACCCCGCGUGUCAUCAGCAGGCAGCACACACACACACCUCGCACAGAGUCGCUCCGUUGCCAAUGCAAUACCAUCAUUAUCAUCAACUCAAUAGCUCGCCUCAAUAGUAUAUCAUCCUGUGCACCCUCCAUCUACCCUUCCUUUUUCAAGCUUGCUUGCUUGACCGCCCCGCCGCUCACCAUUCGGCGCCGCCCGUUGAUCGCGGACCCCACACCAUAACCUAGGUAAUGAGCCGGUGACGACGACAUGGAGAAUUCACAUCUACCCCAACCGCUCCCCGACGGAUACUCGAAAAAGGGUGCUAGUUACAGGCGUCCGAUCGACGCGCAACCCGCUCCGGCAUAUUCCCAGGGGCAUACACAGGGUCCAACCGCAGGAGUAGCACCACCUCCAAACCCUAUAUCCAGCAACUCUGCCCGUCCCAUCGCUACCGGCCCUGCUAGCAAUGGCGUCGCGCGAACCUCUUCCCAUCGUCGCCGACAAAGCCAACAUGUACCUGGUGCCGCAGCGGGCCCUGCGACCGAUCUACCCGCCGCGCCAGAUGUUCCUCGGGGCCCUCCAACCUCGUACCGGGAUCCUUAUGCUUCCAAAGCCAGUUCCAGAGUGCCCAGCCGCUCGCAUUCUGGCCGCUCUCGCGAUCCGACCAUACAAAUGAUCGCAAGGCAGCAACCCAAUCUCACUAUUCCCGCCGAGAGACUACAGCAUUUGCGAUCCCCUCCAUACCAACCGCCUGAACCCCUCUCAGGCGCAGUAGAGACCCCAGCUAGAAGGGACUCGCUACGCAGGCCUUCAGUACCUGAUCGCUCGCCGCUUCAGAAGCUCGAAGGAAAGUUGGAUGAUAUUAGUAAGGAGGAGAGACGGGCAAGAAUACUCGAAAUCGAGCUGGCUGCGCAGGAGAAGGCUGAGGCCGAGAUGCGUGCUCGCCGGGCCCGGGAAGCCGCUGCCAAACAACACCGUGUGUCUUCUGGACCCGCUCCAGCGCCUCAAGCUCCAGCACGGGCGGCAAGCAAUAAACGCCAUGUAUCCAUGCCGGCCCGCAAGCCUCUGGUUCCCAACGACGAUGUUUUAAGCGAUUCUGAUGAAGACGAAGAGCUCAUGUAUGACUUGAGUGAUCCUUGGGACCCAUCAAGGACGAAGACGCCAACAGGACCUCACCGGGUGCCAUCAAAACAUGCUCCCCGUGGCGCACAGCAACAGAACCAUAAUCUCCAUCAUGUUGAUGCAAACUUGGGUCGCCAAGCUAGUAUCAAAGAGAAAGACCCCGCUGGAGUUGCGCGAGGAUCAGCCAGUUUCCGGGACAGGUCCGUCACAGAGCAGCCCCGUGAAAGGGGUGGGCAUUAUCCAUCACCUGUACCUUCCGGAUUAGGACUAUAUGGGGUCGAGGACCCUCUUGGAUCACCGCAGCCCACGAUCAAAGCAGUCGCGCAACACCAAAAGGAAUCGUCAGCGGCACCCAACGACAGCUUGAAUGUGGAGAAGAAGAGAGACAGCCGAGGCAUUCUAGCGGCGCGGAAACAAAUGGAACAGGAGCAUUACGAACCUUCCAAUGGGCCGAACAGAGGCGAUCAGCUUCACCCGCCUAAUUCCAACACCAAUCGUCGCAGUGUUGGGUUUGUUGAUGAAUUGUCCUACGCCGGCACGGAUGAAGUCGGGGAACUCAAUAAAAACUUGCCGGAUAUCUUCUCCUUCGAUACGGAACCCGAUAGGCGCUAUGUUUCGCCGCCAGUGCUAGAUGAGUGGAAGAAUGCGCCGACCAUCCCGCUGGUCGAGGAUGAUCUAGACUUGGAUGUCGUAUCUCGCAGACCGGUUAGUGGGAAUAAAGCUUGGUGGGAAGAAAGCUCAUCGACCCGCCGACGACGUUCAAGCAGUGGAGGGUAUGCUGAGCCGACAUAUGACGGCUACGCGGAUUCUCCCACAGCACAGACGUCUUUUAAUCCACCUCUCUAUCUCAAGUGUGGUCCGCUUCUGCGUUACACUGGUCUACGUAAAGACAAGAACCGGGCGGGCAAAGAUCGAGAAGUAUGGCGUGGCAGUGUCAUGAUCGUCACAGUUGACGAGCAAUCGUCUUAUCAGACACCUCCCGUAUUGCGACUAUUCAAACAACCAAUGGAUCUCCUGCCGCCCCCUCCUGCUGAGAUCAGAGAUGACAAUCUCAAUCCCGCCUACGUAGACCCGCUUGAAGGUCAAGUGAAGGUCUCUCGGACAGGGAAGACCUUAUACACGAAACCCAUUGCCGAGGUUCCGGAGAAUGAGGACAUCUCUCGUAUCGAGGAUGAUCGCGGUCUCUUCUCAGAGCGUGGGCCGAGCGCGGAGAAGUCUUCUCGUAUACAUAAGAAGGACGGCGAGAAGCUGGGUAAAGUGCGAGAUAUUCCUGGUAUUCGACUUCACGUCGAGCGUGGAGUGACUUUCUGGCGUUUUAAUCUUGAAGUUGAACUUGGCAGUUUGCAAGCACGCAUUGCAUACAGGAUCAAUCGUGGGCCCGCGAUUGGAUUCUGGGUACCAGCUAAAGGCGAGACGAUGAACGUCAUGUUCCACAGCUGUAAUGGCUUUUCGUUGAGUGUAGACUCGAGAGAAUUCUGCGGGCCUGACCCAAUGUGGCGUGACGUCUUGAAUAGUCAUCAAACCCGACCAUUCCAUGUGAUGCUCGGUGGAGGUGACCAAAUAUAUAACGAUGCCGUUACCCGAGACACCACCCUCUUCAGACAGUGGUCUGAAAGCAGGGAUGCAGUGCAAAAAUCCAAGACUCCAUUCUCAUCGGAGCUACAGAACGAGCUGGAACAGUUCUAUUUAGAUCGGUACUCCAUGUGGUUCUCGCAAGGUCUGUUCGGAAUGGCAAACUCUCAGAUCCCCAUGGUGAAUAUUUGGGACGAUCACGACAUCAUCGACGGAUAUGGAUCGUAUUCUCACGCUUGGAUGCAGACACCAGUCUUUACAGGCUUGGGGGCUGUGGCAUACAAAUACUACCUCCUUUUCCAACAUCAAUCUGUGAUUGCGGAGACCGAGAAAACCGAGCCUUCGUGGAUCAUCGGGGCUCACCCCGGUCCCUAUAUCAACCAGAAGUCUCGUAGCGUGUUUAUGCAUCUUGGGCGACAGGUCGCUUUUGUGGGUAUGGACUGUCGGACCGAGCGUCAGUUGGAUGAGAUCAUCACCGAGGAUUCAUACGACAUAAUCUUUGAUCGCUUAGAAGAGGAGAUCGUUCAAGGCGAGACGAAACACCUGGUAGUCAUGCUUGGUGUACCCAUCGCCUAUCCUCGACUUAACUUUCUCGAGAACGUACUCACGAGCAGGGUAGUUCAGGAACCUAUCCGAGCACUUGGACGUACUGGUAUGCUGGGAGGCUUUGUCAACAAGUUUGACGGUGGCAUUGAAAUUCUGGAUGAUCUAGACGACCAUUGGACGGCAAAGCAUCAUAAAGAAGAACGAGGUUGGCUCAUUAGGGAACUCCAGCAUAUCGCCAAAACUAAGUCGGUCCGCAUCACGAUUCUCGGAGGCGAUGUUCACCUCGCAGCCAUCGGACAGUUUUACAGCAACAAGAAACUUGGCAUCGCAAAAGACAAGGAUCACAGAUACAUGCCCAACGUUAUCUCAUCAGCCAUUGUCAACACACCACCUCCAGAGAUGAUGGCUGAUAUCAUCAACAAACGUAACAAGGUACAUCAUCUUGAUUCUGAGACCGAUGAACACAUGAUACCAAUCUUCUCUCACGACGUCGAUGGCAAGAAGAGGAACAACAACUAUCUCCUCCAGCGUCGUAACUGGUGCAGCCUGAGGGAAUGGAACCCUGGAUACACUCCUCCAUCUUCGCCCGGACCCGAGGGGCCAAAACUCACGAGGACACUUUCCGAUUACGCACCCGGCAAAUUAGUUCGGCGAAUGAGUGAAGGUGGCAGCAGGAGGGGACGUGGACCACCACUCUCCUACUACAACAAUCCUGCAAAUGCCGAAGCGGAUGACCGGCAGACUGUCCCUCAAUCAUCGUUCUCACCUGAACGUCCUGCAAAAUCUCGUCGUAACUCGAUUUCGUCGCUCUUUCGACGACGCCCUUCUAUGGAUGGACACGAUACGCCUGGUUCUUCGCAUAGUGUACCUCAGAUUCGCAAUACCCCUGCUCGUGCCAGUCAGGAUAGCGAGCGUCCGUCCAAUUUUCAUCGUCGACCAAGCCUCAUGGCAAAGAAAGGCCAGUCCGAUUAUAUCAACCUACAAGGUGGACUUGACAUAUGCUUGAAUCUCGAGGUAUCUCAAAAUGACCCCGCUGGCAUAACGGCACCUUACCGACUCAUUGUUCCGGCAUUGGACUACACUGCUCCGGCAGAAGGAGACGUUACUGGAACGGAGCACCGCAAGUCCCGCAUUGGGAGCAUGUUCGGCGCUCUCAAAAGUGGUCGGCGCCGUCGUGUCGUGGGCGAUGACGGCUAUUCACAUUCUGAGGGCUCGGACGAUGAAAGCGAGAGUGAAGAGGAGCUGGAUGAGGAAGAGCGCGCUCGCCAAAGGUACAAAGUUGGGCCCAGAAUACUCAUUCCGGGCUUCACUUCCCGAAAGCGCGCCUCUUCCCAAUCCCAACCUUCUCCUAGUUAUAAUGCUAACCCACCACCUUUUGCAGACCGGGGACACGGAGUCGACGCUACAGAUCGACGUCAAAGCAUCGACGCUCAUCAACCCGUUCAAACCCCUCACCAACGGUCCUCUGCAUGGGAAUCUGCUGCAGCAAAGAGACACAGCUCAGCCCCCGUUCCAAACUACAACGCCGUUCAGACACAAACCUUGCCCGUACCGUCCCGGUCCAACUCGAUCCGCCAGCCAAACCACAACUCCUCUCACAAAUCUCAGCUUCCAGCUCCGACUAGGGGCGACGAGAUGGAUUACGAUGACCCCAAAGUGCAUAGGCGGAGCAUGGGUGGAAUUUUGAGCCAACACCGUGGUGAAAGAUUCGAACACGAUGCACAUGUAGCUGCUCAUACACCUACUCGAUCGAAGCGUGAUUCCUACCCUCCCCAUCCGGCUAUCGUCGGUGCCGGACCUGGAUCACCUUAUAGUCGUGGACAUGUGCAGCCACGCAAUGACAGCAGCGAUGGAUAUUUCGGGAAUGCUGGGCGCAAUGUUUCUGCCGGCGUUGGAGCAAAGUAUUUGGGUCGAGGGCGCUAUGCGGAUAGCGAUGACGACGAUGACAGCCUGAGGAGCUACGAGACUGGCGAUGAGAAGAUCAGCCAGGAUACAUUCAUUCCACCAAAAAAGAAGAAGUGGCAGAUUUGGAAAUAG